AUGGCGGCCCCAUCUCUAAUGUCGUCAAUAAAGGCAUUAACCCCUCGAAUGAGGUUCAAAUACUCGAAACCAAUAAUAGAUAACGUAGUAUUUAAGCUCCACUAUAAGUUAACUGUGACGAUGCUCCUGUGUUUCGUUAUACUGGUUUGUGGAAGGGAGUAUUUCGGAGAGCAUAUCAAGUGUCUGUCAGAUCAGGGGGUUCCCCCUCACGUUAUCCAGACUUAUUGCUUCUUUAUGGCUACUUUCACAAUUGUUCGACAUUACAAUGAAAGCCUUCUGCAAGGUGAACUUCUGCCUCACCCGGGAAUCGGUCCCAUCCUGGAGACGGACAAAACGAUCCGACACACAUACUACCAAUGGGUUCCGUUUGUCCUCUUUAUACAGUCGUUCUGCUUUUACCUGCCGCAUUAUAUUUGGAAAAGAAAGGAAGGGGGUAGAAUAAAAGCGUUGGUCGAAGGUCUUCAGCACGCGAGUCUAGCGUUGCAUGAAAAUGAUUUACUAGCUGGGAAAAUUGCUGUACCUUCCAAGAAGACCUUGCAAAGCCGAAUCGAAACUAUCAAAAAGGACAUAUUGCUCAGGUUACGAAUAACAAGAUCCUGGUCACACUUCCUGGUGACUAUGGAGGUUGUCAAUCUUCUGCAUGUAAUUUUUCAAGUGUGGCUAAGUAACAAGUUCUUGAACGGCAGCUUUUUGGGUUUGGGUUUCAAUGUACUAACCUUCAACGGUUGGGGUCAUAUUUCUAAUCCUUUAGAAAUUGUAUUUCCUAAGGUGACAAAAUGCGUCUUUCACAAGUACGGUCCAAGCGGGUCCAUCCAGCAACAUGAUGCUCUAUGCGUGAUGGCUCUUAACAUUAUUCAUGAGAAGAUAUAUGUCAUAUUGUGGUUCUGGUUCCUGUUUCUCUUUAUGGCUUCUUUUAUUGCUGUUGUGUGGCGUUUUAUUUCAUUCUACAUGUAUCGUCGCUCCUUGAGGUUUAACGAGUUGGUCUUUCGCCAUGUCUCCAAAACAAAGUUUAAUCCAUACAACGUCGUCAAUAUUGUGAACGGCUGUGAUUUCGGCGAUUGGUUGUUUUUAUAUUAUCUAGCGAAGAACAUGCAGUCUGCUACAUUUCAUGAGCUAUAUAGAAGUGUCGCCGAGGAACUGGAAAAGCAAAAUAAAGCAUUCAGACAAAAUGAAAAACGGAAACGAACAGAAUGUAGAUUAGAAAGAGUUCAAUACGAUGAUGAAACUUUACCGCUCAGUGAAAAAAAAUCACAGCUCGGAGAAGUAAUAUAA